CAUAUCCAUAACAAACCCAAAGUUCACCACUUCUCUACGCAAGCAAAAGAAAUCCUUUGAAUUUCAUUUACAGGGAUAAUGUCUUCAAUCCAUCCUCGAUAUGUCCUUCGGGACCCAUCCGAAGCUCAGCACGUCGCGUCCUCCAUCCAGGUCAUUCGCACGAGGGACAAUGCAUCCUUCCUCGCCUCCAAGAUUCCGAAUGUGGUAACAAAAGACGCCAAAAAGGAAACCACAACCACAAAACUCGCAUCAGCAAUCCUACCGACCGCAGCCGUCCCUCUUUCUCUGAUUCUCAACCACCCAAACGUCAUCUCCCUUGUCGACAUCAUCCGGACUUCCACUCUUUCAGGCCCCACCACCGAAGCAGGUCCCUACGGCGACAUUACAGUCUGGGAAGAUAUGGAUGCCGGGUGCUUAGCCUACCUCUUGCCCACACCGGAAGCAUACCCAGGCUUUGCCGACGAAGUAGGAUGGCACCUCCUUGCCGCCCAAAACUUCCACCGCUUCUCUCUCCCAGAAUCACUCUGUUGGCAUGUGCUGAAAACCAUCUCUCGAGCUCUGCUCUGGCUGCAUCAUGGAGUCAAGGAAACAGCGGGGAUACGUGGAGAAUGGCUCAGGCAUGAUGAUGAUUGGCACACUGUUUUGAUUAGAGAUAUCAGCCCUAGUCAGAUUUGGUUCAAGAAACCGAAGGGAGAGGAGACGUAUGGCGAGUGUAAGCUUGGGGGCUUCCAAUGGGGGAAGGUUUGCGGGAGCGUGGGAGGCCGUGUGGCUUCGACGCAGAGGAUGGAAGAGGCAUCGAGGGAGAAGAUGUUUUACUGGCCCCCAGAGAUCUAUAGAGACACACACUCAUGGACUCGAGCAUCUGAAGUUUGGGCCCUGGGUGCAACAGUCUACACGAUGAUGACCGGCAUGCCGCCACCUCGGUUUUACAAUUACGAAUGGCAGAUCUCGAGGAUGAAUGACAAAGGGUUUAGUGAUCCGAUUCGACACAUUGUUGCUGAGAUGUUGAGGCCGCAUCCCAAUGAUAGGUUGCAGACAAUGGACUUGGUGAACCAGGUUGAUGAUGCUUGGGAGGGCUGGAGGGCUACGACGGAGGAGGGUGCUUACUGUGUUGAUGUUUUGGACAGGGGGUUUUUGAGGAGUGCGCUUGGUACUGGUGAAUCGCUGGUGUUGUAAGUCGUGUGAAUGAGAAGUGGGCUAUGUUCGGAGGUAGUGGGGAAGUUGCGAGUCUCCUUGGUCGAUGAUCAAUCUGGUUCUUUAAAUCUGAAGGCAACACUUAUCGGCAGUACGCCCCCGCGCGUAAUAUGUUGGGAGGGAAUGCUUGCAGCCACUACUUCCCUUAUGGAGUGCAAAG